GCUGUAGCGUGAAAUGCAAAUACGACAAAAUUUUAGAUCCAUUACUUCCCUAGGCCGGCCCAAGACUGGAAGCGGACGAGGGUUUCCGGUGUCCUCCAGCUCUAGAAGAGGAGACCGUAUCCGACAUCAAAUUUGCAACGAGCGCCGUUGAAAUCGACGCCGAGCAAGGUUGUUUGAUACUCUGGUGAGUUAUAUUAAAGCUCGAAGGAAAUGGAACUAAGUUCAAUAAAAGAUGCAUUUGACAGAGUUGCCAAGAGGCAAAAGCUGUCAUCUUCCAGAACACAAGAUGUGGUUGACAAAGUUGGACAGGAGAUUGAAUCUGUACUAAUGAAAAUGCUGUCAAUUGAUAAUGCUACUGACUCUGCCGGUCAGAAAUCGCUGUUUAUAGAACUGAGUAGUAAACUGAAGGAGAUUGCUCCCAUGGAGCAAUUGGAAGGAUCUCAGAAGGAGCUUAACAUUGCACUCAGCAAGUACACUAAAUUCCUCGAAAAACAUUUCAAUCCAGACAUAUCAAAGGCAUAUAGACAUGUUGAUUUUGACGUUUCCAUGAUUAAUGAGAUACUUGCAACUCACUGCUACAGGCAAGGUCUGUUUGAUCUUGGUGACUGCUUUCUACAUGAGGCUGCAAAUGAGCCUUCAGCCACUGCAGCUAUUGCUCCCCUGAAGCAAUCAUUCUUGGAGAUGUACAAAAUUCUUGGUGAGAUGAAGGGUGAGAAUCUUGAACCUGCCUUAAAAUGGGCUACUGCACAAAGCAAGCGUCUAUUGCAGAAUGGAUCAAACCUUGAACUGAAACUUCACCAGUUGCAGUUUGUGGAGAUGCUGAAGAAGGGUAGCAGAACCGAGGCUCUGAAUUAUGCACGGAAAUACCUGGCACCGUUUGCUUCUAUACACAGGAUUGAGAUCCAAAAACUCAUGGCCUGUCUCUUGUGGGCAGGUCAUCUGGAUCAAUCACCUUAUGGUAGUGAUGAUUUCAUUUCCCUGUCGGCAACUUAUUGUGACAAGAUAACCGAAGAGCUCACUCAGCAAUUCUGCAGUUUGUUGGGCCAGUCGUAUGAGAGUCCUUUAACCAUGGCAAUAACUGCUGGAUUCCAGGGAUUGCCAACUUUACUAAAGCUUGCAAGUGUGACGGCUGUUACUAAGAAGCACGAAUGGCAGUCUAUGAAGCAACUUCCAGUACCUGUAGAUCUUGGAAGGGAGUUCCAGUUUCAUUCAAUCUUUGUAUGUCCAAUUAUUCGGGAGCAAGGAAGUGAGGAGAACCCACCUAUGUUGAUGCCUUGUGGGCAUGUAUUGUCCAAGCAGUCCAUAGUCAAGUUAUCCAAAAACAGCAGUCGGCCUUUUAAGUGCCCGUUCUGCCCGUUGGAAGCCAAUGUUGCCCAAUGCAGGCAGCUCCAUUUUUAGUUAUGAACUUUGGAAGGGGAAUUUUGACGAAAAAUCCUAUAGAAGGCCCUCUAUAGAAUAUCAUAGCAGGAGGUAUAAGAGAGUGAAUACUAACGUAUCAGUGCAAUGAUUGUCAGUGUAGUUACAACUGCAAUACUAAACAGUAGCGAUUGCCCAGAUUGAUCUAUUUCAUAGUCUCUUUCCUCUUUAUCGAUAUAAUUUUCCCUCUGUAGGAUUCUUUUGUUUUUAAUGAUGUAAAUUUGACACACGAUGGUAAGCACCUGCAGCCGUCUGGAUGCGCAUAGACUGGCUGUUGCUGUGUUAAGGUGGAAAAGGAUUAACUUGUUUUUUCCCCCUCUCUCUCUCUUUUAUUGAGAAAAGCUUGUUUGUUUGAGCGAACUCUUGAAACUCAUCCAAAUGUGGAGUUGACAGUCUUUGUGUUA